UCAUCUUCGGUCUUCGAUGGCACUAUAAAAAGCAAGACCGUACACUCGUACUAUGGCCUCCUUACAGCGGAUAUGCCUUCACAUAAGGUUAUAUCUCGAUCUUUGUCGAUGCCCCAUAUCGGGUGGCUCUGAUUAAAGCUGCAGAUGUUAUCAUCUGAGACGAGGCAGGUAUGUCCAGUAAAAGAAUAUUUCAGCUCGUGAACAAGAUCCACAAACAGCUCGACGAGGAGGAUGAUUCAAAUCGUAAGCCAUUCGGUGGAAAGCAGAUGAUUUUGGUGGGCGAAUUUCUUCAGUUGCGGCCUGUACCCAAUAUAUUUGAUGCUGGGGAUUUUAUGUUUAGAUCUAAAUUAUUUGACGUCGCAGUUCCUCRCCGCUUUAUGUUGUCAAAACCAUUACGUCAGGAGACUGCAGAUGAACCUUUCGUUAGAGMCAUACAGCAACUUCGCCUUGGUAAAUGUUCAGCUGAGAGUAGCCUUUAUCUACAAUCCUUAAACAGGCCCAUCGUAGAGGAAAAURCCAUCCAUAUCUACUUCAAGAAACUUUCAGUUGAGUUCCAUAACUUCAAGGUUAUUACGGAAAUGCCAGGGGAAUUAAUACAAUACGAGUGCGAAGAUGUUGGCAAAGUCGAGAAAAUUAGUUGCCCUGCUUCAGAGAAACUUUUSCUAAAGAAGAACGCAAGGGUCAUGCUGGUGUGGAACCUGACCGAUGAACUGAAGAAUGGAACACCAGGAACRUUCCUCAUGGUCAGWAACGGCUUGCUCGAAGUUGAUUUUGGCGCGAAGGGUAAAAUCUUACUGAAGCGUCAAACAUGGGAAAAGCGCAAUCUAGAAGGUGCUGUGGUCGGCAGCCGGACCCAGUUUCCUAUAGUUUUGUUUUAUGCCUCUACUUGCCAUAAGGUACAAGGAUUGACCCUGCCUGCUGCUGUGGUACACUGUACGAAAGAGUUCGUACCAGGCUUAAUUUAUGUCGCGGUUUCACGCGUACGCAACGAAAAACAGUUACAGCUUUGUAAUUUCAGCCCGAAACAAUUAUUGCCUCCCCCACGAGAUGCUAUCAGCGUAUGCGACAAGAAUAUAGCAAUGAYUGAAAAUCACAGUUGCUGUACACAGCAGYAACUUGGUCUCGAGUUUUUCCARGUGUCCGACAGACGUGAAGAACUUUGUGAGGAGCAUGUAGAUGAGCCCGAGAAUCUUUCAAGCCUUUCAAUGGAUAAGUAUCCCGACGGAAUCGUUUGCUCAUUUUUCGAGCAAGAGGAAGAAACCGUAGUGGCAGAUUUGCAAGRCAACGUUUUGCUUASUUUAGAAGAUAAUGAAAACRAAAUGGCUGUUUUACCAGAAGAACUGCAAAUCGACGAGCUGCUUGAAAAGAAAAUUGUCACUGACCCUUUAACAGAUUUCGCUGCUAAAAAGAACUGUGCCAUACGCGGCAUUCUCUCCAACAAUUCUCAGAUUUAUCUUUUCGCCAGAAUACAAUGGAUCAAGAUUUUCAAUAUGUUUGUCAACCAUUUGGCGAAGAAUCCCGACGAACUGUAUACCAGGAAGGAACUUACAGAUGCAACUCAUUUUUUUUACAUAGAGCUACUAAAUUCUGCUGAUUUUAGGAGAGAAUUGAGAUCAGUAUUUUUGGUCGAUGAGUUACAAGAAGAGCACUAUUCUAUUGGGUCAACUCUCUGUAUGGAUUUAUUUACCAUGUUUGUUCAUCUGCUUGCCGCAAAAGUUGUGGAAUCUCACCAGUUAGAGCAGAUCACUAUCAUUAGAGUUGAUGAUAUGCCUCCAGAAGGCCUUGCAAAGAUUCGUCACGUUGGAG